GCAUUCAAGAAAUUGGCAUCUAUACGACAACGCAUCGAGCUGUGUUUCCAUCAAAAGUUCUCGGGACUUGCUUUAGAAUAGAACGUAAACUCGUUUUUGGAUUUGUGCUUUUUUAUCUUUUUUUAUGAGACUUCUUGACGAGUGGACUUCAUCAAAGUACAGCGAUUCGUUCGUGAAAAUAUUUUUGAAUUUGAUCGUAAAAACGGAUUACUCCUCUUCAAUUUAAGAAAGAUAUAUUUCGAAGAAACUUCAAUAUGUGGUAUUAUACCGAUAAGAAGGUUAUUUCGACAAGAACGGAAGUCGAUAUGAAUAUUCAAUUGGCAGAGUUUUCAGUCGCACAUACGUUCGAACGAUACGCAUAGAUGCGCAAUCGUCUUCGAAAACUUAUUCGGAUUAGUUCAGUGGUCCAUCAAGGAGUGCCGAUCAAAAGUAUUUUUUGUGCUAAAAGAAGAAACGAUGAAUAAGAAAGAAAAUUCGUCGUUUAUAGAUGAUAGUCGGAAAGAUGGCAGAGACGAGUAUCUCGCUAAAUGGGAGAUCGCACUUUUAACGACUAUAUUAUUUGUCACUGUCUUUGGAAAUAGUUUGGUAUUGUUUUCUAUCUAUUUAAGAAGAUAUCGUGCCCGUAAAAAACUCAGCAGAAUGUACUUCUUCGUUAUGAAUCUUAGCAUCGCAGAUUUAUUGACAGGUUUACUCAACGUCUUACCGCAACUCGCUUGGGAUAUCACUUACAGAUUCCAGGGAGGGUUGGUGCUCUGUAAGCUAGUGAAAUUCUUUCAAACGUUCGGCCCUUAUCUAAGUUCUUACAUUCUGACGGCAACGGCGAUCGACAGAUAUCAUGCAAUUUGUCAUCCUCUCAGUUAUUGCAGAUUUACGUCUAGAAAAUCAAAAAUAAUGGUUUAUUGCGCUUGGUCUCUCUCAUUGAUUCUGUGCAUACCCCAGUUAUUUGUGUUUUCGUAUCGAGAAGUAACGCCAGGAAUUUGGGACUGCUGGGCAACUUUUGACAUAAAGUUUGGCGAAAGAGCGUACGUCACAUGGUACAGUCUAAUGGUCUUCCUCUUACCAUUCAUCGUUCUGGUAUAUACCUACAUUGGAAUUUGCGUCGGUGUGUGGCAAAGUAAUAGAAUGUCCGGUGCUGCCGACGAUAGAACAUACAUUAGAAGUGUCAGUGGGUUGGCUCGUAAUCGAAGUUCAUUCAUUUCUAAGGCAAUGAUCAAUACCAUAAGGCAGACUAUAGCUGUAAUCACUCUCUAUGUUAUAACGAGCAUUCCGUUCAUCGGAUGCGAACUCUGGGCAGUCUGGGAUCCCGAAGCUUCUAAAUCAUCUUUCGUUAAUGGUCCCACGUUCACCAUCCUGGCUCUUUUAAACAGUUUAACCAGCUGCGUUAAUCCAUGGAUAUAUUUAUCGUUUAAUCAAGAACUAUGCGUAAUACUAAUGAAUUACUUCUGCAAUCGGCACGAAUAUUACGGUCACGGAAUAUAUUGCACUAACACAAACGACACAUCGACGAGGACAUCGUUGAUGUCCAGAAUAUCGCGAUAUGCUGGUUCAGUAAUAUUUCGCUAACGAAGAGAACUCGACGAUAUGUACAAGUCAA